AGUAGCUGUGAGGGGGCCCUGAGGGGGAGGGGCCCAGAGACACCCAACCCAGCCUGGGCUACCUAGGAGCCUAGACCUCCUUCCCCUCCCUCCCCAGGGGGCAACAUGAACCGGAAAGAAAGCAAGAGGAAGGGUCACUUGGAAUGCUUGGGAACGGCACCCAGCCGGGGGAGGGCCCGCCAGGGCCGGAGGCACAUGACUUGCCCCAGCCCCCGGGAGAUCAACAAAGUCAUGGCCUCCAUGACACUGGGACCCUUCAGCCGGGGCUGCAGCCUGGAUGAAUUACUGGAGAAAUGCAUCCAUUCAUUUGACACGGCUGGUGGGCUGUGCCGAGGGGACCACAUGCUCAACAUGGCCUUGACCAUGCACAGCUGGGUGCUGUCCUCAGCUGACCUUGCCCGGCGCCUGCUCAGCAUGUACCAGGAAGCUAAUGGAGACCGACAAGAGCAGAGACGGCUACAGAUCUGUAACCUAGUCAGGUACUGGAUGGGCCGAUACCCCGAGGCCCUGCACUUGGAACCCCACCUCAAUGAAAUCAUCAGCAGCUUCUGGGAAUUGGUGGAGCAGGAGGGCAAUGCAGCCCAGAGAUGCCUAGGGAUCCCCACUGGGAGCCUGAGCCCCCCAGAGGGACCCUUCCCCCCACCCAACAGCCCAGGGCUGGGGAAGAAACGCAAAGUAUCCCUCAUCUUUGACCACCUGCAGACAGGGGAGCUGGCGGAACACCUCACGGACCUAGAGUUCAGGGCCUUCCGGGCCAUCACGCCUCAGGACCUGCGUGGCUAUGUCCUCCAUGGCUCAGUACGAGGCUGCCCGGCCCUGGAGGGCUCUGUAGGACUCACCAACAGCGUGUCCAGAUGGGUGCAGGUCAUGGUUCUGAGCCGACCCAGCCCCUCUCAGAGAGGCCAGGUGCUGGACAAGUUCAUCCACGUGGCCCAGAGGCUGCACCAACUGCAAAAUUUUAACACGCUCAUGGCUGUGACUGGAGGCCUGUGCCACAGCGCCAUCUCCCGGCUCAAGGAUUCCCACGCACACCUAAGCCCUGACAGCACCAAGACCCUGCUGGAGCUGACAGAACUCCUGAGCUCCCACAACAAUUAUGCUCUCUAUCGCCGGGCCUGGACCGGUUGCUCAGGCUUUCGCCUGCCCAUCCUGGGCGUCCACCUGAAAGACCUCGUCUCACUGCACCAGGCCAUGCCUGACCGCCUGCCUGAUGGGCAGCUUCACGUGGCCAAGCUUAAUAGCCUCUACCUUCGGCUGCAAGAGCUCAGGGCUCUCCAGGCCCAGCGUCCACCUGGCAGUGCCAGUGAAGACCUGCUGCAUCUGCUCACGCUGUCCCUGGAUCUUUUCUACACAGAAGACGAGAUAUAUGAACUUUCCUAUGCCCGGGAGCCUCGAUGCCCCAAGACUCUGCCCCCCUCCCCCUUCAAAGCACCGCUUAUAGUAGAAUGGGCUCCCGGAGUAGCCCCCAAGCCCGACAGGACCACCCUGAGCCGACAUGUGGAACAGUUGGUGGAGUCUAUUUUUAAGAACUAUGACCCAGAAGGCCGGGGCACCAUCUCUCAAGAAGACUUCGAACGUCUGUCCAGCAGUUUUCCCUUUGCCUGUCAUGGACUUCACCCGCCCCCUCGACAGGGUGAUGGUCCUUUCAGCCAGGAGGAGCUGACGGCCUACCUGCUUCGGGCCAGUGCCAUCUGUGCCAAGCUGGGUCUGUCAUUUCUACACCCUUUCCAUGAGGUCACUUUCAAGAAGCCCGCAUUCUGUGGCAGCUGCAGUGGUUUUCUCUGGGGAGUCACCAAGCAGGGAUACCGCUGCCGGGACUGUGGGCUUUGCUGUCACCGCCAUUGUAAGGACCGAGUGGAGGUGGAGUGCCGGAAGAAAGUGGGAGCCAGCUCUCCUGGGCUCCCUCCACCGACUGGUUCUGAAGAGAGCUCCUCUUACCCAUCAUCUCCUGGGACCCAAAAGAGGACCCACCUUCGUCAUGCCUGCACCCAAACCGAGUCUCCCCUGGAUGGGUCUACCUCAGACAAGGCCCCUGCCUCUGUGCUAUAGGAGACACAGAUGGAUCACAGACUGCCAGUGCUGGAGAAUCCUAAUAUGGAGCUGGGUAGUGCUGACUCAAAGCUGAAGCCAGAGAUUUUGGAGACCCCUAUUCCUUAAACCCCAGUGCCCAAAUCCCCAACCUUGCUCCCCCUCCCCUAUCCUGCUCCAGCCAUAGGCAAAAACAUGGGACACAGAUACUGUAAAUUAAAUCUAUUUUUCCAGA